UGCGCAGCAUCCUGCUGUCAGUCUGUGUUCAGCCAGCAGGUCCACCGCAGCGCCUCUUCUCUGCCACUUUCAGUACCAACUAUUAUCCAUCAUGAGGGAAAUCGUGCACAUCCAGGCCGGCCAGUGCGGGAAUCAGAUUGGAGCAAAGUUCUGGGAGGUGAUCAGUGACGAGCACGGCAUCGACCCGACAGGAACCUACCACGGAGACAGCGACCUGCAGCUGGACCGGAUCAGUGUGUACUACAACGAAGCCACUGGUGCGAAAUAUGUCCCCAGAGCCAUUCUGGUCGACCUGGAACCAGGCACCAUGGACUCCGUCCGCUCUGGACCCUUCGGCCAAAUCUUCAGACCUGACAACUUUGUCUUUGGUCAGAGUGGAGCAGGAAACAACUGGGCCAAAGGCCACUACACAGAGGGGGCAGAGCUGGUGGACUCAGUCCUGGAUGUGGUGAGGAAGGAGGCUGAGAGCUGCGAGUGCCUGCAGGGUUUCCAGCUCACACACUCCCUGGGAGGAGGCACCGGCUCCGGCAUGGGAACCCUGCUCAUCAGCAAGAUCAGGGAGGAGUACCCCGACCGCAUCAUGAACACCUUCAGUGUGGUGCCAUCACCUAAGGUGUCGGACACGGUGGUUGAGCCCUACAACGCCACGCUGUCCGUCCACCAGCUGGUAGAAAACACAGACGAGACCUACUGCAUUGACAACGAAGCCCUUUACGACAUUUGCUUCCGCACUCUGAAGCUCACCACGCCCACCUACGGGGACCUCAACCACCUGGUCUCGGCCACCAUGAGCGGCGUGACCACCUGCCUCCGCUUCCCCGGCCAGCUCAACGCCGACCUGAGGAAGCUGGCCGUCAACAUGGUGCCCUUCCCUCGCCUGCACUUCUUCAUGCCCGGCUUCGCUCCGCUGACCAGCCGGGGCAGCCAGCAGUAUCGCGCCCUGACGGUGCCCGAGCUCACCCAGCAGGUGUUCGACGCCAAAAACAUGAUGGCGGCCUGCGACCCUCGCCACGGACGCUACCUGACCGUGGCGGCCGUGUUCCGAGGCCGCAUGUCCAUGAAGGAGGUGGACGAGCAGAUGCUGAACGUGCAGAACAAGAACAGCAGCUACUUCGUGGAGUGGAUCCCCAACAACGUGAAGACGGCCGUGUGCGACAUCCCGCCGCGCGGCCUCAAGAUGGCCGUCACCUUCAUCGGCAACAGCACGGCCAUCCAGGAGCUGUUCAAGCGCAUCUCCGAGCAGUUCACCGCCAUGUUCCGCCGCAAGGCCUUCCUCCACUGGUACACCGGCGAGGGCAUGGACGAGAUGGAGUUCACCGAGGCGGAGAGCAACAUGAACGACCUGGUGUCCGAGUACCAGCAGUACCAGGACGCCACGGCCGAAGAGGAGGGCGAGUUCGAGGAGGAGGUGGAGGAGGACGCCUGAAAGAAGCAACAAGAUGUAACAGAAGUCAGAAAAAAACAAAAAAAGGAAAAAAAAUCGAAAAAGAAUAAUGUGAUACGAAAUGUAGCAGAGCAGAUGAGGAGGGCUGAUUAGAGAACGGAGGUCCGGAUUGGGUGAUGGAAGGAUGAAAUUACAGCAAGAAUGAAAAUGAAUGUAGACGGAGAAAGAAAGUGAAAAUUACAUGACCAAAUUGAUGUGCCAUGGUUUGCAGUUUCAUGUGACGCCAUGUGGGCCGAUUGUGUUCAGACCCCCAAAAUCUUUUUUACACCAUGACCUAGUGUUGUAACUUCACUUUUAUCAUGUAGGUUUAUUUUUACAGUUUCCUAGAAUGACACAACAAAGUAAACACUGGUUCAAACAUGGAAUUACGGAUUUAAAUCAAACGUUCCACAUAUAUUCAUUCCCACUAGAUGCAAAAAAGCUUAAUUACCCCACUGGAGAAACAGUAUUUACAUUCCAAAUCUGGAUUUUCUCCUCUGCGGUUAAAGCAUUUGAAGGAUAACUUCAAGGGGCAGUUUUGUUUGUUUUUGUGACAGUUUCUAAAUCCCUUGAAAAGACCAGAACCAACAGUGGACUGAUCCUGUGAGCAGGUAGUGUAAGUGAAUCUGAAGCCGGACUGAGCUGAUUCCACUGUUGUCCAGAAACCAUUAAAAGCAAACACUGAGCUGCACCGUGUGACGCGUUUAUUCAGGAUCAAGACAUUGUUGGUUUUGAGCUUUUCUCCUGAUUUGUUGACUGUAAGAAGAACAACUAUUAAAUCACGCUGUCAGAGAAAUCAAAGAAUAUCAAGUGUUAAAAGCUCAGAACCUGUGAAACCUGUAAUCUGAAUGAUGUCGUUAUCAGUGUUAAUUGCUUUUAUCAGUGUUCAUUACCAUUUUUAUCAUCAGUGUUCUCUGUGAUUGAUGUGAAUCUGGGUUGUAGAUUAGAUAUUAUCAGUAUUUUUUUCUUCAGAGGCAGUUGUGUUUGAAGUACUUGAAUGUUUUCAACCUUUGUAAGGCUGCAGGUGAGACAAAUGUGAUUCAGUUUCUUUUUUCUUACUGGUGUAAUUCCACAUAGGAGAGGUUUCACUGGUUCAAAUCUCUCCACUGUUGUUAAAAACAAAACAGUAUUUUUCACAUUCCAGUGUCAUUAGCUUUUAAAAAUACUUGAUAAAGACACAAAAUAGAAAGAUGCGGUUUACGGUUGUUUUUUUCUUAGCAGAGCCUGCAGCGUGCUUGAAAUCCAUUCCAGUAAUUCCAGAUUCUUCUGAGCAGUCAGUCAAAAUAAAGGUCACUUUCAUUGAUUUUUCUUAGAAUUAUGAAGAUGCAUUGAAGCAGCAGCAGCAUUUGCAGGAUUUUUCUCAGACGCCAGCCAACGUCGUGAGGAGGAUCGCAGCCUGCAGACGCUCUGAACUCAGGUCAGGUCAUGGAGAUCACAUUAGCCUUAAUCUAAUCUGUUUUCCAUUCCCAGUGUCUCAGGCUGAUAAAAGCCUGAGCUGCUCUUGAAGCAUCUCUGCUUUUGUAUGUACAUACUUGACGUUCCAACACAAGUGCUGCAUUCAAGGACAGGACAGAAAACAGUCAUCAUUCCUGCUAAAAUCUAGGCUUUCAAUCAAUUUCACGAGCCCAGUGGUUUUUAGAACUACUCCAAACAUAAAAAUGAAAGAAAGAACAUUCAUCUGCAUCUGUUUUUGAUUCAGAAAUACAAUUACUUCAUGUGCCCUCACUGAGGAUUUCCAGCACUCUUUCUGCAUCUUUUUCAGUUCAGCAGCUCAAUAAUUAUAGGUUAUUGAAACAUUUCAAAAUAAAAAUGCUCAGCUGCCUGAACUUUUGAAAUUUAGUAUUUUAUCCUGGAUAUUUUCAAUGUUCUGGUAAAUGUUUGCACUCUGAGCCUCUGUGUUUAAAUCGGCCAUGUUUAUGUCUGUAUGCGUCUCCUUGUACUUUAUUGUCUCUUUGUAUCUUUUUUUAAUUCCUCUGGAAGAUUUCAUUUGGGAUCCAGUUGACUGUGAAACAUUUGAGAGAAAUAAAAAGGCAUUUGUAGGAAAUAAA